AUGAAUGUGUCGGGAAUUGCAGUGAGAGAUGAUUUUAGAGACUAUGUUGAACUUUGCUUCAAGGAAUUUGGUGAUAGAGUGAAACAUUGGAUUACUAUAAAUGAACCAUGGAGUGUGAGCAUGAAUGCUUAUGCAUUCGGAAAGUUGGCAUCGGGUCAAUGUUUAGAUUGGUUAAAUCUGAAUUGCACAGGAGGUGAUUCAGGGACAGAACCAUAUUUGACUGCACACAACCAGCUUCUUGCUCAUUCUGCUGUUGCAAAUUUGUAUAUAAAUCCGCUUACAAAAGGAGAAUAUCCAAAAAGCAUGCGAACUUUGGUGGGAAAGAGAUUACCAAAGUUCUCAAAAGAAGAGUCAAGGGAACUUAAGGGGUCUUUUGAUUUUCUAGGCCUAAACUAUUACUCAUCCUACUAUGUUGUUGAUGCACCUCACCGUCACAAUGCCGCACAACCGGCCAUAAAAAUUGAUUCUCUUAUUAAUGCUACAUUUGAACAUAAUGGGAAGCCUCUCGGUCAAAUGAUAACUUUGUAA